UUUCCACUGACCUAUACAGAGACUGUUUCUCUUAAGAAAGCAAGCCAGCAAGAAAACAUGGCUGCAAACAGAGAGUGGACAAAGUAUGAAAACUCCAGAGGCUAUGAUGUAACAUGCUGUGAGGGUGAGCAUGUGAGUUUAUCAGAGCUGACAGAUGACCCUGGAGUGGACAAUCGCUACCUGAGGAAUAAAAACAUCCCGUUUUAUCCACAAUCCGUGCUCUUCCGUGUAUCUGAAGUGUGCCAUGUGACUGAGGAGAGUGGCGUUUGGGGUAUCUUUGAUGAUGGUGGCUUCCAGAUUCCACACCAUGAUGAAUAUGACAAAGAGAACUUCCUGUGGUGGAGUCUGUCAGUGACUAAGGAAGACAUUGCUGAUGCAGAGGAAAAUUUCCUAGAGAAGUUAUUCCCAGAUGGCUGGGGCUAUAACCAGUGGCCUUUCCUGGAGAAGUUCACCACCUCACCAGCAUUCCAGAGCAAGUCUCGCUAUGGCAACUUCCGCUUCACCUUUCGUCUAAGAAAGCUCCUGUCUCUAUACGCCACACAGUUCUGUUACAAUUCUGCUCCAGUUUUUCGUGUGUUGGACACCAAGAUCUACAAGAAAGAGAUAAUGUACUCUGUGUUGGUGCAUCCACGGCACAUUAAGUACUAUAGGCAAUACCCACGCCUGCCAAUCAAUAGUGAUGAUGUAUGUGGGUAUUUUCAAGGCAACAUGUUAUGGCGCUGUCAGGCUCCAUCAGCAUGUCUUGGCCACAGGCUAGUGGUGGACAAAGAAGAGUCCACAGUGCAUGCAAGGCCACUUAAGAAUAAGAAGUAUUAUGUGUGGGAUCAUGUUGCCGUAGCCCUCUACAUGGAGCCAGGCUGGGUUCUGGAAGUGGAUCGGGAGCAACUGUACAGCAGUGUGAGUGUAUGUGAGGUCACUAAACGGAAUCUCCUGAGGGAGCCAGACCAUGCCCUCAGUGAGCACAAGGCUUCCGAAGUACUAGAGGACAUAGCUAUUUACUACGACUUAGACUAAUACUAUUGAUCAGGAGUGUCCAGACUUAUUGCUGGCAGUUUGGUGACUGCAAACCAUUUUUAGAAUCCCAACCAAAUUCAUCCAUUACAUUAAUCCAGGUGAUGAGACCAGGGUAGUUACUCAAAAAGUAAUCCAUUACUAAUGGAUAUUUUUGAUACUUUAUUUAGAAAGAAAUAGACAUUUGAGGUAAACAAUCAUUUAAAGGCAUGAAAUGCAGGGGGGGAUCUGUGGAAUUUCCCUUUUAGUAUAAAAUUGGGUCUGGCCUGUUUUUAGUGAGGUGGGAACUCUCUCCUCUUCAACUCUUUUUAUAAAUCUUUAUUCUUUAGAUUUAUAUUUGCCAAUGCUAUGGCAGAUUUUUUAUGCAACGCUUUUAUAGAUGGAUCUUUGAAUUUGCAGCACUUCCGCCACUCAAAGCACAGAUAAUCUAUAUAGAGGAAAUUUGUUUUAAAGCAUCACAGUUUUAAUAUUACUGUAAGAGACAAAUGAGUAAUGCACACAUUCACCCAUCCUGAAUGAUGGUGGAAUAAAGAAACCAGGAGAUGACAUCACAUCCACCCAGAGUCUGGUCUGGUGGAGCUUAGCCAUCUCAGACAUUGCAGAUGCUGAGAGGCGUUUCCUUGGUGAUGAUAAAGAUUAUAACUGUAAACCUUUCCUGCACAAGCUCACCUCCUCACCAGCCUUCAGGAAGUCCUCUAGGUUGGGGAACUUUCUCCAUGAAGGAACUGCUGGCCAGCUACAGCACCCAGUUCUGCAUGGGGCUAACAGCUCAGAUGCUCAUCUAUGAGACAGUUGUCUACAAGGGACAGGUCAUGAAUGCCACGGUGGUCCAUGGUCCAGACGCUUCUGUAGGAUUCAAUGGUCUGUGCGAGUUCCAGGAAGAGAAGAUUUUGUGAGAGCAUGAGCGAAACUCAUACAUUUUGGCUUAUGCAGCUGAGAAUAAAGCACCACAACUUGUGCUAAAGCUGUGUCUGUUUUAAUUUAGGUGAACUGUAAAAUACUUUCAGCUUUGCUUGCAGAAUGAAAAAUAAAACAAUAUGAAUCAGUACUACAA